CAGGCAAUGGAUAAAAUUUGUCGCUCUCAGUUACCGGAUUCUUCCUCAUCACCACCACUGAGUGGCAUCGGAUUCCACAGCUUUGACGAUGAGCUGAUGGCCGAUCUACCGUCGUGUGUCUAUGCGCAGCAUCAUCAGCUAAACACGGCACCUGGGAACGGGAAUGGUGCGGCCAGCAGUAACAGUGUUGGGCAUAGUAGUAGUCACACGGGUAAUGCACCCAACCUCAGACUGAAUCCCAACAGUAUACGACAGAUGCAGCAUCAGUAUCUGCACCAUACAGAAUGUCUGGACUCAUCCACACCGCCCAGCCCAUCCCUAUCGACGACCAUGGGAAAUCAUCCGUACAACCCACCACCGUACAAAAUACAACGUCAGCAGACGAAUGUUCGCGAGCGCAAACGAAUGAUGCGUUCCGCGCCGAAUGGCAGCAUUAAUUCGGCGUUCGAUGAGCUUCGCGUUCAUGUGCCGACCUUCCCGUACGAGAAACGGCUCAGCAAGAUCGACACACUACGGCUAGCGAUUGCUUACAUUGCGUUGCUGCGCGAAGUCCUGGAAGCGGAUUACGAUCCACUGACGUACGUGGAAAAGUGUCUCCGGGGAGAAAUUAAGGCCGAUCGGGCACACUGGAACACGAGCGAUUUAACUGCACGAUUGUCGUGGAUCAACUGGGAAAACCUUGGCGUGCAUCCGGGACGACGUACCAUCCUCACAUCACUGGCGCUUGGCUCCUCAGAAAGUCUUGCCUGUGGCCCACCGCCGCAUCUGAUCUAA